AAUAGUCGAUGGGGCGUUGCUGAGGCUGUGCUGCGAUGUGCUGCAAAACAUGAAGAAUUGCAAGAGCCGGUGCUAAAAGAGCUGAGACGGUACUUCAGGGCAGAAAAGGCCUCGAACAAACUCAAUUUCAUAAAUAAUGUCAUCACUUUGAACAGUUACGAUGGUGCGAACUUGAAGAUGGAACGGUGCGAUUUACACGGUUGUUUAUUAAUGGAGAUUUUGCUCUCGUUCAAGAAGAUUAAGACUUUGCGGGCUUGUUUCGAAGCACUCUCACCUGAAGAUAUUGUGCGGCUGGCAAAAAACAAUCGUACUUCUCACGUACUCCAGGCUGCAUUCAAAAGCUCUACCUUAGGUGAUGAUAUAAAAGAAAAAUUAAUUGCGCCAUUUGAGAGUGAUUGGGGAUCUCUGAUUUCUGAUGUCUACGGUAGUCACGUCUUUGAGACAAUUUGGGAUUGUUCGCUUUUCAACGUAAAUAGACGACAAACUUUGAUGAAAAAACUUGUACCUAUUCACAUUACAGAGAAUCUAGGAGUUGUUUUUCGGAAUGGUAUUUUUUUUUGUAACGACAAAGAGUUGGCAGUUCACUGUAUCCACCAAUACUGGUUUUUCCCUGUUGUUCCUACAGCCUAUUUCUUCUAUUAUCCUGACACCUUUCUGACUGAGACUGGCAAAAUGCGAAAUUUUCGCCCGCAGGAGUGGUGCAGAUCUAUCGCUAUCGGCAUUUGCACUAUCUCAACAUCUGGGGAAGUCCACUCGUUUCAAAUGACCUGUGAUUAA